UGAAUGUGAUGUGAGCUCGGGUGUAUGAGCUCGCGCUCACAGCCAGCAGCUGAUGUAAAUUCCCGUCAGUGACGUCACAGCCUCGUUGAAGUGAUGAUGAAUCUUCACGAGACAUCAACAACUAUGAAGCUCGUGCCUCUCGUGUGUCUGUGUCUCGUGACUCGGUCUGGAACAACGUUUGCUGAUGAAAACGGACAGAGAGUUGUCAUCGUGUCUGUGGAAGAAGAAGGAGAUGCUGUGUUACCGUGUUCCUUCAGCACCAAGGAGAACAUCGAGAACAUGGUGUUUGACUGGAAGAAAGACGAUCAGAAGGAGGUGUUCUUUUACGAUAAAGGCCAGCAUUACAACAAGGGCCGAACAGGUCAAGAUGAGCACUUCAAAGGUCGAGUUUUUCAUUUUGAAGAUGAGCUGAAACAUGGAAACGCCUCCAUAAAAGUCAUCAAAACAAAGAUGGCCGACAAUGGGAGCUACACCUGUAUCUUCCCAAAUAAACAAAUCUCCUACAUCCAGCUGUUUGUAGGUGCAGCUCCUGAACCGUAUGUCUCAACUCUUAAUACAAAAGACGGGGUUGUGCUACAGUGUGUUGUUAAAGGAGCUUCCCCUAAACCUGACAUAGAGUGGAGGGACAGUUCUGGAAACAUCCUUCAUGCUGAGGGGACAGAAGUCAUAGAAAGAGGAGGCAGCUACGACAUCAUCCUCCGAUCUACUGUGAGCAGAGCCGACACUUACCGCUGUGUAGUUACACAAAAAGAGAUCAACCACCAGACUGAGGCAGAGACGUAUGUCCCUCUAAGUGACUGAAUGCAAAGCUCAUCAGGAUGAAGACAGAAGUUCUGAGUGUUGGGUUCACAGGUUUUCUGAGACUCCUUUAA